ACAGCAUACUUCAUGUGAAUUUAAGGCAGUAGAGCUUGUCUGGGGUAACAUUAUAUGUUCAAGAUAUCUAGCUCUGACUACCAAGCUCCCGAUGGCGUGCCCUCCGACACUAUGACUUGCUAUUUCAGCUGUACCAAGAAGUCAACUUCUGUCCUUGGAAAGCAUCCUUCGCGUAUCUUCCCCUGUCAAAAAUAACGAUAGCUCGCGUCGAAUGACUAAAUACUCAACUUUACAAGCGUUCCUGGUGUUUUUCGUCGUGUAUGUUAACCCCACUGGUUCAUCGGCGUCUGGAUCGUCCUCAAAUUCGUAUGCAUGGAGCUAAAAACCGCGUCAUCGGUACAGUAACUCAGAUUAUCAACGAGCAGCCCUAUAAACAGACCAGCGCUUGCCUGAUAGCUUUAGCGUUCUUCAUGCGAGCUGGCAGCCUCACGCAUUUCUAA